AUGUCCAAUCACCGCGACGCAACCUUGAGAGGCUAUCUGCCUGCUCUGUACGAAAAGGCAAAGUUCUGCCGACGGGAGGAUUGCCUCAAAGCACAGAUUGCGAAGCUUCAGGACUACGUGCAGUUCGCGACCCCUGAGGUUGAGAACUCCUCUUGCCCGCCAGAUAAUCUGUAUCUCACAGUGAAAACCCUAGAGUUUGUCUUGAAGAUGGAUCAAUCUCUUCGGUGCCCUGGAGUUCCUGAGGAGCUCUCUGGGGUGGUGUACCGUCCUUUCAGCAAGGACUCCGGGGAGCUUUUUGUGGCAGCAGUGCUUGGAUCCGAGACUGGGGACAACUGGAUUGGACACAGCUACUUGAGCCAGUGGAACAUGAGCGAGGAGGAAGUAAUCGACUUGGGAUUUCAGAACAUCGACAAAAUCACUCCAAAGAAGCUCAACUGCCGGCAGAUCAAGAAGCCCGAAGACAUGCCGAAGUUCUUUUCUCAGAGGAGGAGCAAGCUGACUCCUAUCCUGCACUAUGAGAUUAGAGGAAGCAGCGGCUUGCUACAUGUAGAUUUUGCAGACCAGCGUGCCUUGCCGCGUCUCUUGCUUCCAAGAGUAAUCGAGAGGUUUGCAGAGAUCCUCAAGUGCGAUGCCACAUCUCUGGUCUUCAUCCCAUUCGACAAUGGAAGCAUGCACGUAGGAAACGCGGAAGACCGUAUUGGAAUGCUGAACCUUUCUAUCAUCCAAAAGCUGCCUCAACUUCAAGGAGACCCUACCAGAGCAAAGUUCAGAGUCACGUGGAAUCCGUUCCGAGUGUCAAACCCAUGCAAUGAGAAGGGCUUGGUUGAGCUGGAGCCGUACCUAGUGAACGGGGGGCGCAUCGCGGUUCAGUUUUGGGAAAAGGACAAGAUGAAGAUCUUCCACCCCAUGCCCCGGACAAAGGAUGACAUUACCUAUGUCGAGAACGUCAUGAAAAACCCGAGCCUGAAAAACCCGCUCUUCAUUCUGCCGGAGCACGUCUUUCUCGAGGGGGUCUGCUGGAACUGCCGAAAGCAGGUGGAGCGGUUGAUGAAGUGCGCGAAGUGCCGCAAAGCAAGCUACUGUUCGAAAGAGUGUCAGAAGAAGGCGUGGAACGAUGGCCACAAGUGGAACUGCGCGGAGAGGCGGGAGUUCUGGAAGAAGGGGAGGAAACAGCGCCUGCAUGUGAGUGAGGAGCUGCGAGAGAAAGCAAAGGUCGCUAAAGAGAGUCUCUCAGAACAAGACUUGGCCCGCUUGAAGAAGAUGGGGAUGACGCAAUCGUAG